AUGUCUGCAAUGGAAGGAGAACUUUCAGUUAAACUCGUGAGGUUGGAUGACAUUUACCUCGCUGUUCAUGAUGGAGAUAAUAAACAUUUUGACGAUGGUACACUAAGAAGUGGAGAAUCCACUAAAACAUUGUCAAUUCAAAAAAAAAUUGGACAAGACCAAAGAAAAGGAACAGGACGUUCAUACCAGCAUACAGUAGGGGGGAUACGAUUAGAAUUGGUAUUUAAUGAAUCUGGAGAGUCUGGCUUUCAAGAAAAUGCUG